AUGGAUUCCCAGGAAAACAUGGUAGGAGAUGAUGAAAAGGCACAUCUUGCUAAAAAACUACUUGCAGAAGCAUGUGAGAAAGAAGGACUGGAUGACAGAUACUGGCUUCCCAAACUGUGGGAGAUACUGGGAGUCAAGUCCAGAGAAGCCCUGAAACAUCUGCAGUAUGAAGAUUACCUGAAGCUGGAGCGUGAAGUACGAUACUCCUGGGAAACCAAAGCCCUCCAAAAGCUCCUAGAACUCACAGACGAGAAAGCAGCUGUUGAGGACGUGCAGGAGGAGCACUUGAAAAUGACAAAGCAGAGACAAGAAGCAGCCAAGCAAGCCCUGAAGGAGCUGAAAGAAUCUCAGAAGAGCCACAGCAAGGAUGUUAUAAAAGAGAAAGGGGAAGCUCUGUGGCAAGCCUUGGAGAUUCCCAAAGAGUACUGGACACUACCUGAGAAGUCAUUGGUGGAUGUGCUGGAGCGUAUCCAGAAUCAGCUGGAGCAGCCCGAGUCAUCAGUGGGCAGGGAUGAGAAUGUGUCAGACACAGAGGUCCUGAGGCGGGCAUCAGGGGGCCUGGCCCUGCAGGGCAUCUACAGAACCAGCAGCCUUGCUGAUGUGCUGGCAAGGCGAGACCAGCUGAUCAGGGUUCCUGAUGGAUUCAAGCUUGCUGGUCCAGAGCACGGAUCAGUGCUUGAGAGGAAGGAGUUCUCCUCCUCUGCAGAAGAAGCCACUUUCACCAAGUCCAUGCAGCAGCUGGGGUUCAGCAUCAGUGUUUCAGCCAAAGCCGGGCUCUGGGGGUUUAGUUUUGAAUCUGAUGUAGAUUACAGCAGGUCCUCACAGUCAGAGAGCACCCAGCAGUUCCACUCUGAGCAGAGCUACCUUUGCACCACCAAGUACCAGUACAUCCCUCUGGCCUCCUGCUACUUCCAAAAGGAUCAGCUUCACCUUUCAGAUGUGGCCCUGAAGGAGCUGCAAGAACUCGAGACUCUUUUGAGCAUCACUCCCGAAGGAGACAGGCCAAACAUGCUGAAGAGCAGGUGUGCAAGCUUCUUCAGCAGGUUUGGGUCCCAUGUGAGCCAGGGUCCCCUCCAUUUUGGGGGGAUAUUCUGGUGGAAGGCAACUGCGGAAGGAUUCAGGGCUGAGCAGCGGGAGGAGAUGAAGCGACAAGCCUCUGAAGCACUCAGUAGCUAUGUUGGGGCCAGCUACAGCGGCUUUGUUGCCAGUGUGGCAGCAAAUGUAGAUGUUUCAAAGUCCAGCUCCCAGGCUUCUUUCCAGGGAAGCGAUGGAAGGAGUGCCUACACAGCAAUCCAGCUCUACGUGACCACCACAGGGGGCCCACCAGAGACAGAUUCACUUCCUCAGUGGAAACUGGGGCUUGUAACUAAUAACACGACCUGGUGUGUCAUCGACCGAGGUUUUCAGCUGACCCCUGUGUGGGAUAUAAUCCUCUCCAAUCACACCAGUGAUUUUAAGUCCAUCUAUCAACUGGCCAGCAGCCUCAGGGCUGCCUAUGAGGCGCUGACAAAUCACAGCGUCGGCAGCAUGUUUGGAGAGGAACUGGUCAGCGCAGUGCAAGAGGCCAGAGAUUUUGUGGAGUGCGUGAAGGCCUGGGAGAUGAAGGGGGAUGAAAGGAAGCUCCUAACCUUGAUAGAUUUCAAGCAGAAUCUGAAUGAGAAAACCAAAAGCCAUAGUGUGUGGAUCAACAUAUGCCUGUCGGAUAAAGCACUGCAGGAGUUCUUGCUGAAUACUGUUGUGUUUUGCAAGAGGUCACCUCCAGAAAACAUCACCUACAUCAAGUUCCUGAUGAGGUGCCUCCUGGAUCCUCAUGUCUAUGCUGUCAAGGACUUCCCCAGGGCUUCCUUCAUUAUGGAAUGGAUCUUUGAUACUGAGCACAUGCUUCCUGAAACUCCCCAUGUUUCUGAGCUUGAAGACCUCACCAAGACACUGCUGGAAAUGAAGAAGUACAUCCAGGAAGUCAGCUACGCACCAGAAGCCUCUGUGUCUGCCGUUCAUGAAGCAAAGAUAAAAGCCACCUUGACUGCAAGCCUAGCUGUUUAUUCCUUACUCCAGUGUCUCCAGGAAAGGGCACAGAAAGACAUAGAGCUAUUGGUGCUCUUAAUUACGACCAGCGUGGGAUACCAGGUGGAAAGGAGCACUUUUCGGUACCUCCUUGGAUAUCCCGAAAUUCACUUCAUGAUAAAUGAAAUGGAAAUGAGGCACAAGGAGUACCUGAGUCUGAAGGAACAAGACGUUUACAGAGCCCAGGCCUUCCUGCUGCUGACAGGUCUAACUGUAACACCUGAAUACAAAGAAGUGUCCCCUGAAAAGAAGAAUGAACGUUUUGUUUUGAUGGAAGAUCAAAUGAAAACGUUGUGGUCUGCCGAGAUAAAGACUCUCCUGGAAAAGCAGAAAGGAUUCAAAGACUGGGAGAUGCUGGAGAGUGACUUGAAUUCUUUCCUUAAUGGGCACGUGGAUGACACUUGUGAUGAGCUGAAGACAACCAGUAUAAUCCAAGACAUGGAAGAGACUUUUGAAAGGGUAGAGCCUUCUAGUCAGUCCACAUCCAAAGCAGAGGACACUGAAUCCCAAGCAAGCCAAGCCAUUGCAAACCGAGAGUUUCUCCACUUGCUUCAGCGCCUUGGACUGGAAAGUCACUACCCAAGGAAAAUGGGGACAGAAGAUUUCCAUGCCAUAUACAAGAUACCUUUACCUGACAGCCAGCCCAGCCAGGAGAGUGAGCUACCAUUUCACUUCCUGCAAAAGCUUUUAAGUGUGGAUUAUAGAGUGAGGUACCUGACUUGCAAGAAUGAGAGCAGCCCAGUAACAGCUGUGCCCAAACCCAUAGAGCAAGAGUGCGAACCUUCCGCUUCCUUUGAUGAAUUUUUGAGUUAUUUGGGGGAAGAAGCAUCUGAAUCUGCAACCAGCGACAGUCACGUGCACCCCAUGGACCUCCAGAUGGCAAUUUUCCAUUGUGCUGAUGACUUCACGAGGCAAUACAUCUUAACAAAACUUGCUUUCUGCCAGUUUGCGCUACCUCUGCUGGUACCAAACCCCUGCACUUCACAGAUAGAGUUCCCCCUCUGGUCCCUCAGCCAAAUCAAAAAGAGCUGGAAAGGGGCUGAGAAGUUGGGAGAGCAAGCAAGGAUUAACAGUUACAAAAACAAGCUCAUUUCCCAGGCCGAGACACCCAUCGUGUCCUUCAUCCGGAUUGGCAGCUCUCCCUCCUCUUCCAAGUCUCAGAUCCUGAACGCCCUGCUGAGCAAACGCAAACAUGACACUUUCUUCCACCGCCAUUGCAAAGGCAGCACCCAAGACUGUUUGCUGAUGAAAGGUGUGGUGGAGAUCUCCUGGUACUGCCCCCGGGACAGCGAUGAUGACAGCUUUGACUGCUGCGUGGCUUUCUGUAACCUGCGCGGGGACGCGAGGGAUUACGAAGAGCAGCUGCACUUCCUGCAGGAGAUAUCUGCUGUGAACGUGGCUCUCGUAUCUGGGUCUGAUCAGAGUGACAAGAAAGGGAUGAUGAUUUUACGUCAGCUGUGGGAGUCACAAAGGCCUUUGGUUUGUCUUUUCACCGAAAAAGAGAAUGUUGCAGCUGGCCGAUCUAGCCGCAACGUGAGUAUAGGUAUCAAGAACAGGAACGAAGCAGAACUAGUGGAGGAGCUGACAAAGACCAUCAAGGAUCUCCUGGAAGGCUCUAACACACUUUUCAGCCUUGAUGCCUGCCUGGACAAAGCUCGCAAACAUGGCUUCUUAGUCGAUGAAGAUAAAGGAGCGUGUGUGUUAGCCAAAGAAAAGGCAAAGGCACUGGUGAAUCUUCUGAAGAAGGAGAAGUUGUUUGAGAUCAAAUCCCAGCUGCUGCCUCUUCAAGGGCAACUGUGGUACAUGUGGUGCAAGAAGGACAAAGAACUCACUCGGCUGCAGGAAAAGGGGAACGAGAGCAUAGAGCAUCACCGGAGCAAAAUUGAAUCAGAGAAGGCACAAAUAAGGAGAAAGCAACUCAACAAAGCAUUCCCCCUCAAUGAGCUGAUGAAGUCAUUCCUAAGCUUUCUCCAGUCCAAGCCAGCAGAUACCAAGAAAUACUUCUUGCAGUGGAUGAAGAUCUUUAUGGAUGACUUGUCCUCCGAUCGCCUGGAUGAACUCAAGAGAGAUUAUCACAAGUUAUGGUCUCAAAUCCUGGCCAUGAAGAAAAGCAAUGAGAAAAAUGAUCUGCUGAGCAAGUUAGAUGCCCUCUCCAAUGAAAUCAACGAUUCCUCUAUUGGCUUGGAGCACCUUUUAAGAGAGGUUGGGCAGAUAUACGAAGCUCUGGAAUCAAUGAACUCAAAGGAUAAACUUUUUGUUGAACUACCUGACAUUGCAGUCGAUCUGAUGGUUUCAGGAUAUCCAAUUGAGCUGAUGGAUGGUGAUGCAUCUUAUGUCCCAUUACGGUGGAUUAGAGCAAUCUUUGAUAAGUUAAUUGAGAAGCUGGGAGACAAGCGAGUGUUUGUCCUCUCAGUGCUUGGCAUCCAGAGCACAGGGAAGUCAACCCUGUUGAAUGCCAUGUUUGGUCUCCAGUUUAAUGUCAGUGCAGGCAGAUGCACGCGGGGAGCGUUUAUGCAGCUAAUUAAAGUGGACGUGAAGCUGCAGGAAGACGUUGGCUUUGAUUACGUGCUAGUUGUUGACACAGAGGGACUCCGUGCUACAGAGAUGGCCAACAAACAGUCCCUUAAUCAUGACAACGAGUUGGCCACCUUUGUCAUUGGCAUUGGCAACAUGACUCUGAUAAAUAUCUUGGGAGAAAAUCCUUCAGAAAUGCAAGAUGUCCUUCAGAUUGCUGUGCAGGCUUUCCUGAGGAUGAAGCAGGUAAAACUUUCCCCGAGCUGCCUGUUCGUACACCAAAAUGUGGGAGAGAUAACUGCCAAGGAGCAGAACAUGGAAGGCCAAAGACGUCUGCAGGAAAAGUUGGAUGAAAUGACAGUGAUAGCUGCCCAGCAGGAAUUCUGUGAUGCCUCCUGUUUCAGCGAAGUCAUCCGCUUUGACGUGAACACUCACAUCCAUUACUUUGCCCACCUGUGGGAAGGAAACCCCCCAAUGGCACCACCCAACCCUACCUAUAGCCAGAACGUCCAGGAAUUGAAAACCAAAGUUCUCCAAGCUGCCAAGAAGGAGUCGCAGGGCAGUGUUUUGAGGCUCUCCAGCUUGAAGGUUCGCAUUAGUGACCUCUGGAAUGCUUUGCUGAAUGAGAACUUUGUCUUCAGCUUCAAGAACUCAGUGGAGAUUGCUACAUACAAGAAACUGGAAACCGCAUUUAGUGAGUGGACCUGGCAGCUGAGGAGUCACAUCUUAGACUUGCAGGUAAAACUGGACAAUAAAAUUCGUAAUGGGGACUUGCAGAAGGUCACCGCAGAACACCUUGAAGCACAAGUGCAAGGGACAUAUGAUACCAUCAUGAAAAGCAUGGAGAAAUAUUUCAGUGAAGACAGAGACUGUGAGAUCUUGGUCCAGUGGAAGAGCAGCACAGAACUGAAGCUGAGAGAACUAAAAGAGUCUCUUUUGCUUGAAACAAGGAAGAAAUGUGAGAAUCUCAUUGAGCUAAAGAAGAGUCAGUGUAAACUGGAGGAGAGGAAGUCAGACUAUGAAAGUGAGCUCCUUAAAAGGAGUAGGCAGUUGGCUCUGUCUCUGAAGGGACAGAGUCUCAGUGACAAGCAGCUGCGAGACAACUUCAUUUCUCUCUGGGCGACCUGGAUUACUGAGGUCUCCUCUGCUACUGUGCCUCCAGAACAGGUUGAUAUUGAUGUAGAAAUAGAAAAUGUCCUUCUAGAUCACUUUAAGGAGCCCAACUUACAUGAACGAAUCAGGACAUUUCCCAAAUACAGGAAGUUUUCCGUUGACUUGGAGAAACACAUUGCUAAGAAAAAAAGCUUUCGCUUCUGGGCUACGACUUUUGAUAGUGCCAACUUGAACAGUAUAGAGUGCAUCACAGAGAGCAUCAUAGCAUGUGUGAAGGCAAAUAUUGACAGGAAGGAGAAGGAGAAAAGGGAUUACAGCCGAAAUUUUAUUCAUGAAAUACUAAAUGAGGUGCAGAAGGGCAUGAACUCUGUCCCUAGCAAUGAAAAAUACAGUUUUAAUAAAGAUUACAGAAUAGAUUUAUCGAUCUACCUGUGCAGAACGGCAGCGGAGAGGUUUAAAGCGAUGCACCUGGCGUUCAGAGAAGCAAAUGAUCCAAGCAUAUACCUGGAGAGCAAGCGAGAAGAUUUCUUCAGGUGCUUCCAGAUUUCCUGCCAAGGAGCCACUUCCAUCACGACAUUUGCUGCUUUUCUGUGUGACAAGAUCUCUCCAGCUCUUCACCAGGCGGUUUACGAGAGGACAGCCCUUGCCAUAGCUCGAGACAUGAAGGAUAAAAUCCCAGAUUUCAGUGGCAACAGGUACUCCCUGGAGGUUUGCCUCCUGAGAUACCUGGCACAGGAAGAGAAUUUUGAGAAAUACAAGAAUUACCUGAUCUGCCCCAAAGAUACUUUGGAGAGUUACAUCGAGACACGUGUUAGGACGUACUGUUUAGACGAGAACAGGCGGCUGGGGAAGUUUUUAGAUGACUCCCUUACUCUCCUCUACGAAAGGAUCCAGUCAGCAGUGUUUGCCUCAACCAAGGUUGUCAAAGACAGAGCAGACAGAAAUGACAAAAUCUCCCUUUGGCUGGAUGAAUUUUGCAGCACACUUGGAGAAGUGCUGAACCUGCCCAGGAGGGACCUGAAGGGCAUUGAACAUCAGGAGAUAGCUGACAUAGAGUUCCUGAAUAAUGCCAUGGCAGAAGGACUGCUUUCCCUGAAGGAUCAACUCAAGAAAAAGCUUGCUGAUGCUGAUAUGAGCUCCUUUGAAAGGCAGCCUCACACAAUCCUGGCUGAGCAGUUUUCGGGGUGCUGGGAGAAGUGUCCCUUUUGUGGGGCUGUUUGCACAAACACCAUACCAAACCAUGAUGGAGACCAUCAGCUCGUCUUCCACCGGCCACAAGCUGUAGAGGGAUGGAUGUGGCGUGACACAGACAACCUGUGCAUUGAUAUUUGUUCUAGCGAUGUUGCAAGUGAGAAUGUAUUCAGAAUUAGUGAAGACACAGUGAUCCCCUUCAAGAGAUACCGGGAUGCAGGGCCUCCUUAUUCCACUUGGAACAUUCCCCCUGAUCCAUCCAUGCAAGCAUACUGGAAAUGGUUUGUGUCUCAUUUCAGAGGAGAGUUGGAGAAGCACUACAAUGGGAAAUUCGAGGGCAAAGGAAAAAUCCCUGAAUCAUGGCAGAGAAUUACAAAGCAGGAAGCACUUGAUGAACUGGAGAAGCUUUAA